GUACCAGAUUGCGGUGUUUACCGUUUCCCCGUACACGAGAGUCUUGAGGCAUCAAGAGUAGGGCACUUGUUCUCUUCCUCUGCAACCCUUGACAGGCGCGCGACACUGAGACUAGUCGAUUUCAGUUGCUAUGGCCGAGGUUGCAUCUCUUGCUCCGAAUGCCGACUUGUUGGAAUGGCCCAAGAAGGACAAGCGUCGGUUUCUUCAUGUUGUUUACCGUGUCGGUGACCUUGACCGCACUAUCAAGUUUUAUACUGAAUGUUUUGGGAUGAAGUUAUUGAGGAAGAGGGAUGUACCAGAAGAGAAAUACUCUAAUGCCUUCCUUGGAUUUGGUCCAGAGGAUUCCAAUUUUGUGGUGGAAUUGACAUAUAAUUAUGGAGUUAGUUCUUAUGAUAUUGGGACAGGCUUUGGCCAUUUUGCUAUUGCAUCUCAAGAUGUAUAUAAACUUGUAGAAGAUAUAAGAGCAAAGGGAGGGAGCAUUACCAGGGAGCCUGGUCCAGUCAAAGGAGGAUCCUCCGUUAUUGCCUUUGCAAAAGAUCCUGAUGGUUAUAUCUUUGAACUCAUCCAAAGAGGUCCCACUCCCGAGCCACUCUGCCAAGUAAUGCUUCGUGUUGGUGACCUGGAACGCUCUAUCAAAUUUUAUGAGAAGGCCUUAGGAAUGAGGUUAUUGAAGAAGGUUGAUAGGCCAGAAUACAAGUACACCCUCGCCAUGAUGGGAUAUGCAGAUGAAUUAGAGACGACAGUGCUAGAGUUGACUUAUAAUUAUGGUGUGACUGAGUAUACCAAGGGAAAUGCAUAUGCUCAGGUUGCCAUUGGUACUGAUGAUGUGUAUAAGAGUGCUGAGGUUAUCAAACUGGUUAACCAGGAACUUGGAGGAAAGAUAACUCGACAAGCAGGACCACUUCCUGGAAUCGGCACAAAAAUUGUUUCCUUUCUGGAUCCUGAUGGUUGGAAGACUGUCCUUGUUGAUAAUGCAGACUUCCAAAAGGAAUUGGAACAUCAAUGAGCUGUGUCCUGUUAAAUAAACAAGCGAUGGGGUAAAACCGUCCUGCUUAUGUGGUAUCUACCUAUCUAUGUUGGAAUAAUGUAGAGUCUGACAAUGGCUCCAAAUCUUUCACAUUUUCAAGUGGUUGCACCUGUGGUAUAGCAGUUGCCAUGGCCUGUACGACGUUUCAAAAGCAAAAAAUCAAUCUACAAACUCUACUUCUAAGUAGUUCCAUGUUA